AUGAAUAUCUUCAGAAUAUCUCACUCCAUCGCACGACCGUUGGCAACAACGCGUCCAAACUUGAGGAACUUCGCUCCCCAGAGAAACCUUAUUCAGACUGCUAUGAAUACACAGCAACGUUCGAUAACCACCACAAACGUCUGGCUAGCCAAGAACGCCUCUAAGAGGCCUGCAGCUAGCAGUACCAAACCUACACUUCGGGCUAAAGCCGUACGCCUGCCCGAACCCCUAAUGCACAGCCAGAAGAAGGGACAUAUCAAACACACUUCUCCAGGGCCACCUGUGCUCUCUAACUUUAGAAAAUACUCUUGCGAGGCCCUCUCAUUCGCCCUUACUACCACGGCGUCGUUCAUCGUUGUGUCAUUCGGGCUCUACGUUGCCGAUCCUUUAGGUCUUCGGGAGGCAAAACAGGAUUGCCCAGGUACAGAGACGCGAGAUGAUAAUCAAGCUUUGGAUGAGGUUGAUACCCUGGUUUUACGCGAAAAGGAGCGAGACCGUUUAAUCACCGAGAUCCGGAAUGCUAGGCUGGCCCUGCUGAAGCUAAAGGCUGACCUGUUGAGAGCACGAGUCCUGCACUCUCAGAUGGCCAAUCGUGUUGGUAAUGAAGAAAGUUUGCGUGGGUAUGGACGGUUUGGAAAGGCGAGGGAUGGUAGAGAGUGGUUGAAGAAGGACGAAAGGAGGUUGGAAGAAAUGAUGGGGAGGGAAGAUGUGUUGGAGAGAGAUAUUGUGGAGAAAGAGAAGAGGUUAAGAGAGAUCAAGGAGUGA